AUGCCGUCUCGCCGCCGUGAAAGAGGAGGACGCCGAUCUGACCAGUACUCUGGUCCCGUUGCGUGGCCGGCACAGCAAACCUCCGGCACUCGUGGCAGGAGAGGUCGUGGUAACGCCGGACGGGGAAACGCUCCAGUCACUUCCCGCGUCAUUGGAGCCGCCGACGUUGCUUCUUCACCAUCUUCGGUGACGUCACCCGAGGUUCGUCCUAGAAAGCGUUCCUACUUGGAUGUUGCUUCUUCACCACCCUCUGGUCCUGUUGCGUGGCCGCCACUGCAAUACUCCGGCGCUCCCGUCGUUUCAAGUUCUUCGUCGUCUUCAGCGACGUGUGAAAAACCCAAGGUCCCUGCGUCUGAUUCGGGUGCGUCUCUUGGUCGAGAGUUAGCGGAGAAUGUCCAAAUCACUCCGGAGACGACGACGAUCCAGCCAGGGUUUGAGAUCGUAGAGAUUGCAAGAGAUGGAAAUUGCCUUUUCAAGGCUCUCUCACAUCAACUUGAGGCGCAUCAGCGUGAUUACGCAGAGAUCCGCAGAUCCAUAGUGUACUACAUGGGGGUAAAUCCUUCAACAUUCCAGGACUUUUUACGUGAAGGUUCUGGUUCACUUGACGAUUACUGUGCAAGAAUGGCAAAUGAUGGUAUCUGGGGAGGGAAUCAAGAGCUUUACGCAGCUGCAAAUAUAUUUGACUGCAGAAUUUUGCUGCACAUGGUAAACUCUGAUGGAUUACCGAAAUAA